AUGGCCGGAGUAGCAGCAGCCUUCACGAGCCCCCGCAGCGUCAAUGUUAUUCAGUGCAUCCUUGCUGAUAUUCCAUUCUUUUGCGUGGGCAUCCUGUCCCUUGGUGUUUUCACUUUCUUUAUCUUUAUGAAGCGGGCGGAUAGCCUGCUUUUAUGCCUACACAUGUCGGUCAUCAUUGCAUUCGUCGCCACCAUCCUCGACCUCAUCCAACUCCUCAUACGCGGCGCAGUGAAAGUCAACACCAACACUGGCCUCCAAUCUGUCUCCGGACUGACCAGUGUGCGCGAAGUAGGCUUCGCGCUCUCCUUCGGACUGCGAUUCCUCUUCUUCUGGGGCUUUGUCGCGCAACCACCUCCGGGCGAAGCGCGGCCUGAAUACAACGCCCUUCACAACGGCAGCUGGCGCAGAUGGGGCCUCCUAGGCCUCAUCCUGGAGAUGUUCACCCUCGCACUAGUCCUCAUUGACCCCGUCCUACAGAUCCUGUACCGCCUCAUUACUUCGCUGCAUCAGAUAGGCCCGGUGUACGAGAUAGAGUCGACUAUCCAAGUCGUGCUGUCCUUCGUAUUCAUCCUCAAGAUCCUACUGAAUUGCUGGGUCAAGAUGCUGGUCAACGAAAACGCACUCCCUGUCCGGAAGGCACUUGCCGGCUAUUCCGCGGUUAUAACCGCUCUUGUUGUUAGUGGGCUGAUUGGCAUUGGGAACAUCGCCAUGUUCGAGUUCACGGAGACCAUUGCAGGCCGCUUCCUACAGGCCGUCGAACUCUAUGUCCUCAUCGUCUUCAUGCUCACCUACGCGUUCUACCACCUACGCCGUCGAUCGUGGAAUGAGGCUCCGAAGCCGAAGCCACAACAGCCAUCCCCUUUCCAGCGUGCAGGUUCUUUCCGCGGUCUGCCCGACUUCAAGCCCGAAAUGGGUCGCCCUGUGAUCUCUUCGCCCGAGAUGCUGCAAGCCACUGGGCGAGAGUCGGAUGCUAACAGCCGCCGGCCAACCCUCAUGCAGCGAGCGUCGUCGGCGUCGCGCAUGUCUUCGUGGAUGAACAUUCGGAGGAUCUCUGAGCGGAUGGUUGGCCGGCCUGCUGUGCCUACCCCCGAUCUGGAGAAGGCGCGCUUGUGGUAUCGUGACACGGCGGGCAACACAGAGGUCAACGUUCCCCUUCGAGACUCAGCAAUCGACGUCGAGACUCCGCACUCGGCGACGCAGCGGAGGCAGUCUGUCGCUUGGCAGGACCCAGCGUACACCACGGUGUUAGCUGCGGGUUCGUCCGUUAGGUCGGUGUCCCCUGACGACUAUUACGGCGAUGACCGAACAUCCGCCGCUCUCGAUGAUCGCCAGAGUGCUGUGCUCAGUCGUGUGUACUCACCAGAAGCACCAGAGCUGACGAUCCCCCCUCCUACCCACUCCCGAUCCGCAACCAUCAACCAGAGCAUCGCCGACGAGGCGACCUUCGCCAUCUACGAGGAGUCCCCGCGCUCUGCAGUUGGCUCGCCCCUCUCGGGCUUCAACGAGAUCAUGGAGGGCUACGAGGAGAGCGUGUUGCGGCCACCCUCAACGGGACUCAUCCGAUCUGCGCGCUCGUCCCGCAUCUCGGAGCUCAUCCGGCAGCAGGAGGAGCUCGACAAGUCGAUCGUCGCGCUGCGACUGUUCUCGCCCGCGGACGGGAAUGAUUCGGGCGCCUCGAGUCCGAUGUCGAUGUCGGUGUCGAUGAUGCUGGCGUCGCGCCCGCCAUUCCCGAAGGAAAAAAGCAGCAGCACUGACACGCGUGCGACGCGGAGCACGCUGACCAGCGACCUGUCGUUGAGCAAUUUCCCGGACCCGCCGAGGGCGAGCAUGGCGGCGUCUGAGCCUGACGCCGCGCCGCCGGUGCCGCCUCUGAGCCGGGACAACAGCACGCGAUCGAGAGCAGAGGAUGUGGAUAGGCCGGAGACUACGGCAGAGGAUGGGCUCCAGCUCGGUAGUAGGACUCCAUCACAGGCUCUGGAAGCGGAACCGGACGACUCUGCGAUGCUCUUGCCUGGCAGUAGGUUCCGGAACUACGUCAACUCCGGAGGCACUCAGUACGAGAUCACCUCGUUCAUUGGCAGGCUGACCCAAGAGCCGGGAUCGUUCGCGUCUUCAACCGCUCUGGCCGGUCCGAUGAAGGACAGUUCGUCCUCCAGUCGUCCGGUCGCACGGACCGUCGAGCAGCUACGGGUCAGCGCGCAGCCUCCGACCACUAGUCUUACCGACUCGCGACACGAGUAA